AUGUCCUGGGGCUCCAUUGCCAUUGCAAAAUUUCAACCUCAAGUUGGUUUAAACUAUUUGGCUAUUGCUACCUACUCAACGUUGACACGCAGGUCGUGUCUCCCUGACAACCAGGCAAUCUUGAAUGUCAAAGCUGGCGGAAGUCGUGCUUCAUCUACCAUUCCAAAUAUGUUUCGAACAACGCUAGCUCAUGUUACGAGAUGGGUUAAAUCAGGUUUCAAAAGCCAGCUCAGAAACCAUCGUAUAGCCGACAUCAAUGUUGAAAAUGAGCGGCAAUCAUGGAGUACCUUUCACUUCUUCUCUAGUCGAGAUGCAGAGAGGAGCAUAAAGCCUAAGGGCGUUGAACGACCUAAGCUCCCGACCAUACGCCACAAUAAUAAGAGGUAUCCAAGUCACUACGCUUGCUCUACACUCAGUGCAAAGUCACCAGGCACUACAUUAGGCCUCGGUACUUGUCGAUGCAUACGAUCGCAGAUGGCAGACCUCUCUAAAAGGAGGAUACCACCCCCAGACCUCAAAUCCAAGAGACUAUGCACCUCCAGUUCAGGGGUUCGGUUGGCAAAUACGCAUAUCAAAGAUACAGAAAGCAUCCAGCACGUCGUCCAAGCCAAUUCUUCAACCUCAGUCGAGGGUGCGCGGCCUCAAUCAAAAGUGCACAGCCUUAGUCCAAAUACGCCUCGUAUUCCAGACAUGCACAGAUUCUGGAGUCAUCGAAUGUACAAGACCCCAGAUGGGAAUGACAUUUCAGUACAUUACUGCAAAACGCUGGAAAGCGCCGAAUCAGUGGCAAAGCAUUUCUUAGAUGAUGAAGUACUUGGAUUCGAUAUGGAAUGGAAAGCUAGUGUAUCUGCGGCGGACACCAUACAAAACAACGUCUCUUUGAUUCAGCUUGCCAGUCCAACGCGAAUCGCACUUUUUCACAUCGCCAUGUUUAAACCAGCGAGGGCUAUCGAAGACCUUACCCCCCCUACCCUGAAACGCAUUCUCGAGUCCCCCCAUGUACGGAAAGUCGGCGUAUCGAUCAAAGCAGAUUGCACUCGAUUGCGCAAAUUCCUUAAAAUCGAUACAUGCGGUAUCUUCGAACUAAGCCAUCUGUACAAAUUAGUCAAGUACUGCCAGACGAACCCGGAAUUGAUAAAUAAGAGACUUGUCAAUCUGAGCACCCAGGUCGAGGAACACUUCGGACUCCCUCUAGCGAAAGAUGCCGAGGUUCGAUGUAGCGAUUGGGCUUCGUCACUAAACUACUCGCAGGUUCAAUAUGCUGCAUCCGAUCCAUACGCAUGCCUCCGUCUAUUCAACACCAUGGAUGAAAAACGGGUUGCCUUAGACCCCAUACCCCCUUUGCCCGCAAAUGCUGAGCUGAAUUUACCAAUUAAGAUAGUGCAUAAGACCACUGUGAAUAUUGAGGCUCAAGAUGUCGAGGUAAUUGACCCAAAAAAUAAACCAGUCUAA